AUGUCGGUUAAGGCGGAAAUCACUGAGAAGAUCCUCUCACUUGUGCGUACGCUUCCUAAGGACAGAAUCGCCCAUUACGCAUCGUUCAAGGAUGUGCAGUUGGAGAGAUUUCUGAACAAGGAAGUGGUGGACACCAUCUCGGAGAAAGACUUGAAGUUGCAAUAUUUCUCCUUGAGGGACUUGGUGAAUGACAAGUACAAGAACUACUACAAACUUGAUGACAAGAUGUUGAAGCCUAAGGGUAAUCCUCAGUACUAUGAGAGACUUAUGGCUGAUCUUAAGGGUGAGAAGAAGGAGACUUUUGGCAGUGCCAUGAGAACGGUUGUAUUUGGUAAAUAA